UAAGUGGGAAGAGCUGAAGGAGUUAAAAAGGGAAAAUUAAAGGGAGAGAAUCAGGCAGGGUGGGCAGGCAGUUGUCUUAUGAAAGGAAACCUAAGACUGAGGGCUGUAACUUCUUGGGGUUCUAUCCCAUCUCUACUGCCACAGCCUUAAUUUACUGCAUCAUCUUCACCUAGACUAUUGCAAUCAUUCUCUAACUAGUCUUCCUCACUUCCAGUCUUGGACCUCUCCAUCCCCAAUCCAUCUCACUACUAGUAUAGUGAUCUUUCUUUGAAAGAAUGAUAAACUAAAUGAAUAUUUUUGCUCUCCUUAUGACAGCAUUCAGUUAUACUCAAGUAUUUGUCAUCUUAAAAACCUUUUCUUGACCUACCUUCUCCUCCAGCCUUUUCUCAUUGUCCCCUUUCACAGACAAGCAUCUCAGAAGAGUGGUCCACUCAUACUCUGAAUACUUCCCAGCUCCUGUUCAUUCUUAUUCACAAGCAAAUGAAAGACUGGUUUCAUUUUCCUCCCCAACUAGAUCAUUUCUGUCAACAUUUACACAUACUCCUGUCUCCUGAAAAGUGGCUUUCCAAGGCACCCCAGACCCCUGGGUGAUGUCCACAUCUUUAGUACUCCAUACAAGGCCCUCAUGCUCUAGUCCCUGCCAGUCUCCCUUGCUUUAUCUAAUAUCAAAACUUUUUGAGUUCUGUGGUCUAGCAUGAAGGAAUAAAGGACUGAUAUUGGAGGAUGAUGUUCCAGGUAAGAGGAGCAACAGCAUAAACAGAGGUACAGAGGCAUGAAAUCAUCUCAGCCAUUUGGGAAUAUUUGAUCAGAUUUUCAUCAUAAUACCUGUAGCACUCUAAUGUACUUGUUUGCAUGUCUUUCUGUCCCACCAGAUGAUAAGCUCCUUGAAUUAGGGACAUUUUUCUGAUUUAUUUCUGUAUCCCCUAAGCCCAGCAAGUUAACCAACAGCUAAGAGAUAACAAGUAAAUUUUGUUGAAUGAGUGAAAAGGAGAGAGGAAGGGAUAAGUCCUAGAGGAAACUGAAUGAGAUGGGAGGGAAACCUGUGUGGCUACAAAAAAGAAAACAGGAGGCAGAAGAAAAAGGAGAGAUGAAAUGAAAGCAGGACCAAAAAAAGGGUCAGUAGAACCUAGGCCAAGUUAAGGGAAGAGGCAAGACAGAGCCUGGCCAUGGGGCCCAGGAUCAAACAGGACAGGAUAUCAUGAGAUGUUUUAAAAGGAAUUACAGUCCUGUCUGGUGAGUGAUGGGGCACACUCACUGAAACCUGGGCUCUUGGAGCACUAGCCACAAGCUCAGUGUGAGCCAACAGCAGGACAAGGCUGUGUGCCCUGCUGCCCCAUUCCAGUCCAGUAUCUGAGUUUUUGCCUCACACACUGCACUGGUGAGUUGGGAGGAUUUGAUCUAGCUUUAGGCCCACUGUAUCCAGACUGUGCACAAACAAGGUAGUCCACAGUAAGGAAAGAUUUACAAAUCACAUAUGUGAAGAAGGACCAAAAAAACUGAGGAAAUUUAACCUAGAGAAGAGAAACUCAGGAGAUGAUGUAAGUGCAGUUUUCAGAUACUCUAAUAAAAAGAAUUAGACAUUUUCUCUUGUUCCUUGAGGGGUGAAAGAUACAGUUAGACUUAGACUUGAAACAUCUUAAUAAUAAAAGAUGUCCAAGUUGGGAGUUCACGGGACUCUGCUGCCUAGGCCACCCUUGCCGUCUCCAUCCGCUCACGUGGCAGGUCCAGGAGCCGCCGUUGCUGCUGGCAGCACUGACCUUGGUCCUGGACUUGGUCCUGGUACUUAGAGCCCUGGCCAAGGAGGCGCCACACCCUGCCAAGUGGGAUGCAAUUCUUCAUCAAGGAGCUGGCCCACAAUGGAGGGGAGGAAGAUCUGCCCAAGUACGUGGCAGUGAAGUAAGUAGUGUUUGAUGUCACCUCUAGAAAGGAGUUGUAUGGCAAAGGAGUGCCCUACCCUGCCUUGAUCAAGAAGGACUCUAUGAGAGGGUUGACCAAGAUGGCCUUGGAUCCUGCAGAGCUCACCCAUGACACUAUAGGUUUCAUGGCCCAGGAGCUGGAGUCCCUGGAUGAUGUCUUCACCAAAGUGUAGCAGCCAAAUACUGUCAGCUACACAGCCUGGAGCAGUCUUAACAGGUGGCAGCCCCAACCUGGACUUCAGGCCUGAAGACCCACCCCCAUUUUGACAUAAAGGAUAAAUUCUGGUGUUGCAUCUGCAGGAGCAAGUUCUUCGGAAAGAGGGCCAGGAAGAACUCAGGUGCUAAAUCUUCUGCAAAAUAGGCUACCUGAAGCCUCUGAAUCGCCCCGAUCUGAAUAAACAGAUUUACCCUGGUCAGGAAGGGAGGGGAGAUGUCUUCGAACUAGAUGUGUUCCAGUACAAGCUUGUCACCCAGGAUUCCUGCCUAAGGAGGUGACCCAGCAAGAUGUCCAGAGUACCCUUCCCAUUUUAAGGAUUCAAUUUCCAAGUUCCCAGAAUCAAAGUACCUGAGGGACCAAGCCCUGUGUCAUCCUAGGGAGUAUCCUGCAGGAGAAGAAUGUUACACAGGCCCCUUGAAGAUUAACACUAUUUGAAUAAGUGGAUUUCUUUUUCUGCUUUCUUGGUUUGUAUGCCUGUCCUCAGGCCUAAGUGAAGACAAAUCCUUCAGCCUCUGAAUGCCUGUGUCCUCUCUCUGUGGAAGUAAAACAUGUUACUUUGUUAUUUUAACAUCCAAAAUGGCCCUGGUGGCUUAACCUUUGGUUUACGUUUGCUCAGGUCUGAUCCAGCUGCGUUUGAGUCCCGACUAGAAAAGCGCAGUGAGUUUCGGAAGCAGCCUGUGGGGCACUCCAAGCAAGGUGAUUUUAUCAAAUGUGUGGAACAGAAGACAGACACAUUGGGGAAACAGCCUAUGAGCAGAGGAUUCACUAAGGAUAAGACUCUCAGUUCAAUCUUUAACAUUGAGAUGGUAAAAGACAAAACUGCAGAAGAAAUAAAACAGAUCUGGCAGCAGUAUUUUGCAGCAAAAGAUACAGUCUACGCAGUUAUUCCUAAAGAGAAGUUUGACUUGAUCUGGAAUCGGGCUCAGUCUUGUCCAACAUUUCUGUGUGCACUACCAAGAAGGGAAGGUUAUGAGUUUUUUGUCGGACAGUGGACAGGUACUGAACUCCACUUCACUGCACUUAUAAAUAUUCAGACCCGAGGGGAAGCUGCAGCCAGCCAGCUGGUUUUAUAUCAUUACCCUGAACUUAAGGAAGAAAAGGGCAUAGUACUGAUGACAGCAGAAAUGGAUUCCACAUUUCUGAAUGUUGUUGAGGCACAGUGCAUUGCCAACCAAGUCCAGCUCUUCUAUGCCACUGAUCGGAAAGAGACCUACGGGUUAGUGGAGACCUUUAACUUCAGACCAAAUGAGUUCAAAUAUAUGUCUGUCAUCGCGGAAUUGGAGCAAAGCGGACUUGGAGCAGAACUGAAAUGUGCUCAAAACCAGGAUAAGACUUAAGCUACACAGUUGGCUUACAGAGUCUUCUCAGCCCUGGACAGUCCUGAGCCCACCCACCCCUUGAACUCUCAGGAGCUCAGCAUCUAUAGUGAGCAGUCUCUUGUGAGCUGCUCUGUGUGCUUAUUGCAAGAAGUAACAUGGAGUUGAGCCCUAUUACUUGAUAUUCAGGAAUGAAGGUACCCAAACAUUCUGAUAAUUAUCUCCCAGCAUCCUUUUUAGGUGUUUGAGGUCGUAAGCAGAGACCGCCAAGGAUCCGCAAGGUGGUUGACUUGAUUUUACACAGUGUAAUAGUACAUUUGUAUUCUGGCCAUUUUGACUGCAUAGCUCCCAAGUGAUUGGUUCCUCAUCUUUAUAAACUGUGAUGGGAUAAGAAGCUUGAAGGCCUGUUGUAGUUAGAUGUGGGCGUUACAUACUCGUUCCAUUUGGCUGGCCAAACGUAUAACCCAGAUAGCCUGUUUAAACUCUGUAACAACCAGGUAUUGCGAUCAGGAUUAAGGCUUCAUCCAGAUGUGCCCAGACUUGCCUUCAGUGUAGUUUGGAGUAUUAGUAGAUUUCAGGUAUAGUUAAACAUACGUGUACAGUGCCUGCAUGUUUUUAAACCAUAGUUUGUGGCACCUGCUUCUCUAACUCUGCCUGUUGCAAGCUGUAUAUCUAGAGGUGCUGAAUCAGUGCAGUGUAAAUAAAUCAACACUUUUGUAAAGAGAGGAUCAAUCCAGAUUUGCAUUUUUUUUUAACUCUAAACCAUGCCAGUAUUAUAGUAAAAGUGGGUGCAAGCAAAUGUUCCCAUAUUGGGUGUGGGGAAAAUGCAGCAAUAAAAUAGAGUCUGGCUUACACUCUUUGUUACACUAAAUAGUGAAUUCUAAGCUCUGUGCUGUCCAUAGUGUCAGUGCUGUGGGCUGAUUUCAUCAAAAUUCAUCUGCAGUUUCUUGAAAUGCCAAAAAUAAGAAAGAAGCUCUCCAGUGCUGGAAACUCAGAUUUGGUUUGUCACGUCACUGUGACUCCAGGCUGAGUGAUAGAAGAGGGCGGUGGUUACACACCAGCCUUCUGAACUUGAGGCCCAGAGUCCCCCAGUGUUGUUGUAGACCACCUUUAUUAUAACGCCUUUCCUUUUCUCCAUCUGCUUGCUCCCCUUUGCACUCCUGCCAUGACCUGGCGAAUGACACUAAGUAUGGUGAGUGGAAUCUAACCAGGAUUUGUGGUUUGUGUGUGUGUUUUCAUUAUUACAGGAAACCUUUUAUAGAUUGGGCUUGGCAGAUUCUUUCAACGGCAUUGAACUUCCCAUUAUUUUCUGAGCUGUGUCUGUUUUGUUGUACUUCUGAGUCUGUGUAGAGAGAGCCAGAUAGUGUUUGUUUAAACUGGAAAAGUUGCUGGUCUUCCACAAUUUCUCUAAAGAUUGAGCUGUUUCCUAAGGCAGACUCAGGCCUCUGGUCCUGAUGGCUCAUUUUUUUAAGAAACUUGAGUCUGGGUGUUUUGAGGCCCAGGAAUCUUUGACAUCAGGUAGAGUUACUUUCAUGGAUAUGUUUGCUUUCCCCUCCAGAUGGACCCAGUCUUUAGCCAUAGUACAUUUCAUAACACCUACACCAGCAGAUGAGAAUAUGAUGGGUAAGGAAAUCAGAACUGGCUCCUCAUUUUAUUGUUCCUCUCAGCUUUGCUCUAAAUCCCCACCAGCCAGAGAAGGAUGUGUCCAUGAACAGUCACACUGGACGUGAUCAGAGUACUAUCUGGCUGUUCUUUAUAUUUACUUAGCAAGAUCUGGGAAAGAAAAAAAAGAAAAUUUAACAUCAGUCCCCUGGCGCAACAACGUGUCAUAGAAAGUGGACAGGCUUUAGAGAUCAGUGAAUCUGGGUUCAGUGUUGAAAUUCAUUAGCUCUAUAAUGUUAAACAGAUUAUUUAAACUCUCUAAUUCUGUUUCUUCAUCUAUAAAAUGAGGAAUGUAUCUACCUCAUAGGAUUGUUGUCAGAAUUAAAUCAGCUUAUAUAUAGACUAUGUUAGAGCUUAGUAAAUGUCAGCUCCCUUCCUCUUCUCUGCUUCCCCUGCCGCUAACCUAAAGGCCAGCACAGAUAAGCAUUUCAGAUGUGCAGAUCACUUUUCCUUCCAGUUUAAGAGCAAACCUUAUCUCACAGGUCCUCUAACUUUCAGUUGCAGUAGAAUUACCAAGAGCACUUCAAAAUGCAGACUCCCAGGUCUCAAACCACAACCUGCUGAAUCAUAAUCUUUGCAGAAGAUGCUGGGAACCUACAUUUUAAUAUAUGCUCCAGAUGAUUCUGAUGUAGGUAAUUAGCCCGCCACACUUUAAGAACCAAUGCCUUAUCUAUUCUUCACCAAACGUAGCUGCUAGCCAGGGCUCUUCCCUGUGGACAUUAACCAUAAAGUACGUUCCUGUGCUCUUUGCCUCCCAUAGUGGUCCCCUCUACAUACUCUACAUUCUACUUAUUUAUUUCUGUAUCUUUUGUCCCCACUAAACUGUGAGCUCCUUGAGGGCCAGGGUUUAUCUCCAUUCCCAGCACCAAGGAACACAGCUAGAAUAUAGAAGAUACUCAGUUUUUUUUUGUUGAAUAAAUAAAUGACAUGGAUUUUAGCCAAAACAUUA